GUGUUUCUGGGCGGGAUGACCGGAAUAACAAGAUGGCGGAGAAAGAGGAGUUUCAGGAGUCAGUCCUGUAACACCUGCGGCCUGUCGACCGAUGAAACAACCUCCUGGCACGACACCAAACCCAGCAUGAAUCUCCAGCAGCCCGCCCCCCUCGUCCCCCCUGUCCACCCUGACGUGGAGAUGAAGCCCCUCCCCUUUUAUGACGUGCUGGAUGUCCUCAUCAAGCCUUCAAGUCUGGGAGCGAAUACUCCACAGAGAUAUCACCAAGAGAAAUAUUUCAUCUUCGCCUUGACGCCACAGCAAGUUCGAGAAGUCUGCAUAUCCAGAGACUUUCUACCAGGAGGCAGGAGGGACUACAUGGUUCAGAUUCAGCUGAGGUUUUGUUUGUCAGAAACCAGCUGCCCUCAGGAGGAUAACUACCCCAACAGUCUCUGCAUAAAGGUCAAUGGAAAGCUGUUUCCUUUACCGGGUUACGCACCUCCACCUAAAAACGGCGUGGAGCAGAAGAGACCGGGUCGGCCUCUGAACAUCACUUCGCUGGUCAGACUCUCUUCCGCCGUACCGAACCAGAUCUCCGUCACGUGGGCUCCAGAGGUCGGAAAAACCUACUCCAUGUCCGUGUACCUGGUGAGGCAGCUGACGUCUCCUCUGCUCCUACAGAGGCUGAGGAUGAAGGGCAUCAGGAACCCUGACCACUCCAGAGCUCUCAUCAAAGAGAAGCUCACAGCAGAUCCAGACAGCGAGAUCGCCACAACCAGCCUGAGAGUCUCCCUCAUGUGCCCGCUUGGGAAGAUGAGGCUGACGGUGCCGUGCCGGGCAGUCACCUGCUCUCACCUGCAGUGUUUCGACGCGGCGCUCUACCUGCAGAUGAACGAGAAGAAACCCACCUGGAUCUGUCCUGUGUGUGACAAGAAGGCGGCGUACGAGAGCCUCAUCAUUGACGGUUUGUUCCUGGAGAUCCUGAACGACUGCUCAGACGUAGAUGAAAUAAAGUUCCAGGAGGACGGGACUUGGUGUCCGAUGAGACCAAAGAAAGAGACCGUGAAGGUGUCCUCUCAGUCCAUCGCGAAAAUAGACACGUCUCCUCCUGUGCGUCAGUCCUCCGUCGCUCCUCCCUCUGCCGAGCCCAGCUCCACCAAGAAGGCCGACGUGAUUGACCUCACCCUGGAGAGCUCCUCCUCCUCUGACGAUGAAGAGGAUGCUGACCCCCCGCUGAAGAAACGCUGCGUUUACAUCACCAAGAGCGAGGAGAUGCCCACCAAGGGAGUGCUGACCUUUCAGCCCACCGUGCGUGUCCCAAACGUCCAGGCUCUGGACCCGUCCUUCCUGACAUCAACGCUUGCUGACUACGCAGUUCCCUUCCACCCGUCUACGCUGGCCUCCAUCCCCACAGACAUGCAGAGUCUGGAUUUGUUUUCUUUAAUUCAAGCGGAUCCUCAGCAUUACCGACCCCAGAUGUUCCUGGACAACCUGACAAGCAGCAUGCAGAGUGCCGCCAGCACCAGCUCCGCCCUCGUCUCCUCCUCCAGUGGACACUACGAGUCCAGCUCCCACACUGCCCCCUCGUUGCACGAGACCCGGGUCAUCACCGGGGGAGGCGGGUCUGCUGGGGGAGGGACCGACAGCAGCAUUUCAGACAUCAUUUCAUUAGACUGAACCAAGCUCAACGGACUUCUUCCAGACAGACUCCUGUGGACUCUAUAGUCCAGACUAAAUCUGCAGUAGGUGAGGAGGGUCUCAGACCGGAUAACACGAGCACCGCGAUGAAUGAAGUCCUCUUUCUGUCCUCUCUACUGUGCAGUGACGCAUGGUCUGAUAGGUCAAAGCUGGAUGAACUCACGUCAGAAUCCUCUGCAGGUUCCUCUGGGUCUCUGCUGACCUGAGCUCUGACCCACGCAGAGAGCUCACAGACCUGAGCUCGCACCCACUCAGAGAGCUCACAGACCUGAGCUCUGACCCAUGCAGAGAGCUCACAGACCUGAGUUCUGACCCGCUCACAGGCCUGAGCUCUGAACCGCUCACAGGCCUGAGCUCUGACCCGCUCACAGACCUGAGCUCUGACCCGCUCACAGGCCUGAGCUCUGACCCGCUCACAGGCCUGAGCUCUGACCCGCUCAAAGAACCUGAGCUCUGACCCAUGCAGAGAGCUCACAGACCUGAGUUCUGACCCACUCACAGACCUGAGCUCUGACCCGCUCACAGACAUGAGCUCUGACCCGCUCACAGACCUGAGCUCUGACACGCUCACAGACCUGAGCUCUGACCCAUGCAGAGAGCUCACAGACCUGAGCUCUGACCCACUCACAGACCUGAGCUCUGACACGCUCACAGACCUGAGUUCUGACCCAUGCAGAGAGCUCACAGACCUGAGUUCUGACCCGCUCACAGACCUGAGCUCUGACCCGCUCACAGACUUGAGUUCUGACCCAUGCAGAGAGCUCACAGACCCCUCUGUCUUCUUUGUACUUAACACACAGCAGCCAACUUCAAUGAGGACUUACAGAAUCAUUAUGACCCGUUCGGGGAUACUGUCUGUAUCCUGUUGCAGGUCUCUUUAGGAUACGGUUUUCAGGAGGAGAGACCCCCUGCCCCUCAGCUCUGCAGAGGUUCUCUGUCAGGGAGAUGAACUUGUCUUUUCUCACCUGUGAUUGAACAUUGAAAUCUUGGAACUCUGUUUUAUAUGAGUCUGUGUGCUCAGUCCUGCAGGCCCGAGCAGACCGAGCCCGGCCUCACUGCCCUCAGCAGGACCGAGUCUCACUCAGCCGGAUGGUUUCUCUUAGACUGGCAUCACAUUGACUGUGGAGGACUCGGACCUCCUCCCACACUGCAGCUGCUCUCUGUCUGUCCUCCCUCUGUGCCCACGCUGUGAAAACUGAAGACACACAGACGGCAGGUCAGCUGGUCAUUCACGGCCUCUGAUUGGCUCUGUCAGUCCUCACUGUUACCGGGCAGAUUUCAUUUCACGCCGACCUCUCGUGCUCCUUCGUAAUGUAGUCAGCAAUAACGUUUCAGCGAGUGUCGUUUCACACCGAGUCAUAGAUGUAGUUCAGACGCUGAGUCAUGAUCCCAGAAUCCUCCCCUGUGAUUGGUCGAUUCAUCAGGCGAAGAACAGAGACGUCUCUUCUAUCAGAGAUGUCAGGCUUGUUUUUAUGCAAACUGCUGUCAGGGUCUUAGCUUAGCUUAGCUUAGCUCAGCAUAAAGACAUAGGCAGGAGAAUGGGGAGCCUAGUUAGCAGUCUCGCCCUGACCGGUCUUUCUAAGAGGAGCUCUAGAAGCCCAGUUUGUAUGGGUCUGCUUUUUAUGCUAAGCUAGGCUAGCUGCUCAUGUCACUCUCUGAAAGAUGAGAACUGUUCCUUUAAAUGUGCUCACUGAUGUCCACCAGCAGGGGGGGCGCUUCUUUGGAUCCUCACAUCAUGUGACCAGUUCACUUUAAACUCCUUCAUGCUGCCAAACGCCUGACCUUCAUCUUACCUGUCUCUGACCUCUGACCUCUGCUGCUCCGGGCCCUGAGGAAGAGGAGGAGGAUGAUGAUGAUGAAGAUGGUCACACUUGCUGUCACUCACAGUAAUAGGAAACAAACAGGGCAGCUAUCUUCACCUUACCUUCACACCUGUCAUCAGUUCACUGUGUGUGUGUGUCCAUCAGAGCUCCAUCUCAGGGACACACUCUACUGAGCCUGGUGGACACACACACUCACACACACACACACACACACACACACACACACGCUCACACACUCACAGAGGUAAGGUGUGUGUCACGUUGAGACCAGAUGAUUUCGUGUUGAUGUGAUCAGGCUUCAGAUUUCAGUCCCUGGAUUAAUUUUAUAACCCGGAUUAUUCUCAGACUAAAGAGGGUUUAUUUCCUUGCUGGUUAUUUUCUGGAUUCAUGGAUUCAGAUUGAACCAGUCUUUACUCCUGGUAUAAUUUAGCAGCUAAAACCUCCCCUCUCAUCUUCGCAUGCUAGCUUGGCAUCUCAGCAGAGGUGCUAAGAGCUCUAAUGUGUAAUCUGAGUGACGCUGAGCCUCGUGUGGGACCUACAUCAUACGACUGAAAUCUGAAACCUGAUCGGUGAAACCAGAGCCAGCUGACCAAGACCUGGACAGGUGCAGCUCAGAACAACAAACUAAUGUGUUUUUUUUUCCACUCUCAGCUGAGUGAAAGCAUGAAACACACACUCUCCUCCCUGGACACGACACUGGGAGUGUGUGUGUUGGUGUGAGUGUGUGUUUAGUGGCUCUGUGAACACCCGUCUUCUUUUUUUAUAUGUAUUUUGUAUUGAUCACUGAUUGGUUCCUCACAGGUGUCUGUGACUCAGAGAAGCAGACUCUGAUCACUCCGUGUUUAUCUGUCUCUGUAAACCUUCAGCGUCUCAGUCCUGGAUCCAUGUGUGUCUGUUUUUUAUCAUUAAAAUGUUCCUUUUUUAUUCUGUUUAA